AUGCUGUUCCAGGAGAUGAACGACGACGUCGAUGCUAAAAGUGAUGGGCUGACGGCAGCUGAGUUGCACUCCCAGCUGAGCAGGCCGAAGGUGCAGUCAUGGUUCAAAGCAGCAGAGGCCGCAUUUCAGUCCUUCACAUGCAUCAGUCUGCGUCCGAAAUGGGACGCCCACCCCCACGUCGCCACAAUCAAUCCCCUGUGUAGUUUAUGGCAUAAUUUCAUUGCUGGGUUCGACGCAAGGCGACAGAUGUUCGACGCAGCAUCGACGCACGAGUGGAGCGAGUGGCUCCAGGAGGGUUCCCAGAACGAGCAUAUAAUUUUCCAGUCGUUGUGCCGGACUGUAUUUCAGCCUCUGCCUCGGCCAUGGACGUGGACGCGAAGCAGACAUGGAAACUCUUCAAGAUACUCGAUUCGGACAGGUCGGGCCGUGUCGCCCUCGAUGAGUUUGUUGACGGGUGCCUGCGGUUGA